CACAAGUAAUUUGAUAACAGUCGUCGCAGUGAAGUUCAUUAAAUUUUUAGAAAUUGCACAGUUUAUAAUUUUUUUUUCCUAUGGUUUGCAUCUCGUCAAAAUGAACAAUCUUUUUCCUUUCAACAGAUUAAUCACUGGCUUCAACAUCAUCAAAGCCAACGGUGGAUUCCUAAAUUCAUUUAAAAAACUAUUCAGGCAAGAUGAAUUGAAAAUUGGAACACUAGUUGGUACUGAUGAAAUGGGCAAUCGUUAUUAUGAAAACAAUUUAUAUUUUUAUGGAAGGAAUCGUUGGGUUGAGUACAAUGACCAAGUAUUUUUGAAUUAUGAUGCUAGUCAAAUUACAGCUGAAUGGUAUGGUUGGCUACAUUACAAAACAGAUCUUCUUCCAUAUAAUGAUCCAAACAGACCUAAGUACAAGUGGAUAGCAAAACAUACAGAAAAUGAAACAGGAACUGAACGUCAAUAUGUGCCAUACUCUACAAUGCCUCCGAAAAUUCAAGCUUGGGUACCACCAAAAAAAAAUUAAGUUGCAUAACUUCAUAGUGUAAAUAGUUAUAAAAAUGAUAAAUUAAUAUAGUUUAAAAUUCUAAACUGUGAUUAAUUAUACCAUUAAAAUCUAUAGUAAAUAGAUACAGAAUGUA